UCUCCGGAGCUGAAUUGACAUUUCAACGUUGUUGCUGUGUGUCAGUACGUGAAUACAAAGCACAAAUCAACGUGAAAAUGGUGAAAUCGAUCAUCGCUCCUUCAAUUUUGGCCUGUGACUUUGCCAACUUGGGCUGUGAAUGCCACAAGGUUCUUGGUGCCGGUGCUGACUGGUUGCACAUUGAUGUCAUGGAUGGCCAUUUCGUUCCAAACAUCACCCUUGGUGUUCCAAUCGUUGAUUCCCUGCGUAAGGCAGUUCCCCGUGGCGAUGGUGUUUCCAAGCCAAAGGCUUUCUUCGAUUGCCAUAUGAUGGUUGCAGAACCGGAGAAGUGGGUUGGUGAGUUUGCCAAAGUUGGUGCUGACCAGUUCACCUUCCAUUACGAGGCCACUGAGAACCCACUUGAGUUGGUGAAACUCAUCAAGAGCCACAACAUCAGAGCAGCCUGUGCUAUCAAGCCAGGUACUCCAGUUGAUGUUCUCUAUGAGCUGGCCCCAUAUCUCGAUAUGGCAUUGGUUAUGACCGUUGAGCCAGGUUUCGGUGGUCAGAAGUUCAUGCCUGAAAUGAUGCCAAAGGUUGAAGCCUUGAGAGCCAAGUUCCCAAAGUUGGACAUUCAAGUCGAUGGUGGUUUGGGUGCCGCAACCAUCCCACAGGCUGCAAAGGCUGGUGCCAAUGUCAUCGUUGCUGGUACUGCCAUCUUUGCUGCCCCAUCUCCAGAACAGAUUAUUCGUAUCUUGAGAUCUGAAGUUGACCAAGAGCUAGAGGCCAAGGGAUUGAAGGAUUGAAAUGAACGUAUAUCUACAAACGUGUACAAAAAUUCAAUAGCACUAUUAUAACCGAUGUACAAAAGAACCUCCC